AUGUGGCUAAAUAAGUGGCACGCAUAUGACUCUGUUAGUUUUCUCUAUCUCUUUCUUUCUUUCUUUCUUUCUUUCUUUCUUUCUUUCUUUCUUUCUUUCUUUAUUUUCUCCAUCUCUUUCUUUUCUCUAUCUCUAUCUUUCUCUGUCUCUUUCUCUUUCUUUCUCUAUCUCUUUCGUUCUCUUUUUUUUCUAUCUCCUUCAUUUUCUCUUCCUUUCUUUUCUCUUUUUCUUUUCUGUUUCUUUUUCUUUCUUUCUUUCUUUCUUUGUUUUUCUCUAUCUCUCUUUCUCUCUCUUUUCUCUCUUUCUUUCUUUUUUCUAUCUCUUUUUUUCAUUCUCUCUUUCUUUAUCUCUUUCAUUCGUUCUCUCUUUCUUGUUUCUUUUUCUCUUUCUCUCUUUCUUUCUCUUUCCUUUUUCUAUCUUUCUCUACUCUAUCUCUUUCUUUCGUUCUCUCUCUCUUUUCUCUCUCUAUCUUUUUCUCUUUUACUUUCUCUUUCUUUUUUCUAUCUCUUUCUUUCUCUUUUUUUCUCUAUCUCUUUCUCUCUUUCUUUCCGCUAUCUCUUUCUUUCUCUCUUCCAUUCUUUCCCUCUUUUUUUUCUCUGUAUCUUUCUUUCCUCCAUUUCUUUUUCUCUCCUUCUUUUUCAAUAUCCGGUUACUCUUAUAUCCCUAACAGAAGGUGAGGAUAUUUUUCUUUUUUGUGAAUUUUUUCGCCCCCAUCCAUUUUAUUAA